GAGAAAUUUGUCGCCACUUUUAAGCUGACGUCCCACGUAUAUAUAAGCUUGACCAUUUUAACAAUUCAUCCUUAUUAAUUGCAAUCUUUGAAAAAUAAACAUGGUUAUUGAAGUCAUAUACAUUAAUUAACAAAUUAAUGCUUGGUCAUUAGGUUUAAUUAGCCGGCUGGCCAGGCCUGCCGGCUGCUUCCUUAUAUAUGCACCUUCAUAUCCCACAGCAUUAUUCAUUCUCCUCACACCUCUACUUAUAGACUGAAAAGUCGUAAACAACUUAAACUUCGUUUUGUUAGUAAAAAGAAAUAUUUACCUCUAUACCUGAGAUCAGAGAGUUUUAAUUGUUAGUAGAAAUGAGGCAACCGGGAAGGUAUUCGGGAUUGACGAUGUGUGGUGGCAUAUCAGGGAGAACAGGGCCCCACUCGCUACCGUUGGCGAGGAUCAAGAAGAUCAUGAAGAACUCUGGGGAGGAUGUGAAGAUGAUAUCUGGGGAGGCUCCGAUUGUGUUCUCAAAGGCAUGUGAGAUGUUCAUAGAGGAGCUCACUCGGAGGUCUUGGAUGACCACCCUCGAAGGGAAGAGAAGGACAGUGCACAAGGACGAUGUAGCGUCGGCUGUCGUCGCCACUGAUAUCUUCGAUUUUCUUGUCAGUUUGGUUUCGGGGUCGUGCUGUUCUGAAGACAUCACACCGGUGGAAAUUGAAACAUUGGAGAAGUCAUAGUUCAUCUCUAUCACAAAUUCCCAAGAGUGUGUGUAUGUGUACAUACAUUUCAAUAUAUAAUAGUAUAUAAAUGUUUCAAGUGGUAUUUUUUUUUUCAGUUUAAUAAAAUUUCACCUUACUCAGAGUUUCUUACGCAUAUAAAAAGCUAUAUUGAAUAUGUAAAUUUGUAACACCACGUGGAAAAAAUUUCUUGUAAUCCUUGCACUCUUAUAAUGUCUCAUGGGAGUUUCGAAGACAUAUUUGCCAAUCAAAUAAUAAAUUGGACAGAAAUUUUGUUU